CCCACCCCGGUGCAUCAUCAUCCGUUCUUUCUUCUAGUGCUUCUGUGAACCACAAGUCUCCCGGUGCCAGGUUCCAAAGACCCAAGACCCAGGUCUUUUUCCCUGCCCUGCACCCGCCGGUUCAUUCUUUGUUUCUUCAACCUAUCUCGUUCCCCUGAUCGUUGUCGCCCCUGCAUACACGGUUCGCGACGCUCUUGCGUGCGGAUAUCCGACUUGGAUCCUUUGGCUCCUUUGGCUCCCUUUUUUUUUUAUACGGUUUCUUCCUCCGAGAGCUCGCCUUGAUGAGUGUGCCGGCGUACCCGGAUGCUUCCCUUGCCCGCGAUUCUCAGAGCUCUGACUUUGACCUGAUCGUUCGCCAGCAGCCCAACCGGGCGCGCGUGGCUGGUGGGAAGGAGAAAGAGCGCAAGCCGGUCGACCCACCACCGAUUGUACAGAUCCGAGUGAAGGAUGACGGGACUUAUCUCUCGCAGCAUUACCUGCAGAGUCCCUACUAUUUCAUGUGCUGCAGUCUCUACGAUGCCUCGGAUGACAACCCCGUUCCUAUCUCGCCGUCAACGGCUCUAACGGGCACCUUGGUGUCUUCGCUCCAUCGAUUGAAAGACGUGGACAAUUCCGAUGGGGGCUUCUUUGUGUGGGGAGACCUGUCUGUGAAAAUCGAGGGCGAGUUUCGACUCAAGUUUACCCUCUUUGAAAUGCGCAAGGACCUGGUCACCCAAUUAAAAACCAUAGUCACCGAUCGAUUUACUGUCUAUCCUCCGAAGAGCUUCCCGGGAAUGGCCGAGUCGACAUUCCUGUCCAGAUCGUUUGCGGACCAAGGCGUGAAACUGAGAAUCCGGAAGGAGCCACGAACAUUGAUGUCAGUGAGACAGAAGCGGACGCCUGAAGCAGUGCAAUUCGAUUACACCCAGGACCAAUUUUUGACUGACCGUUGGGAUAGAAAACGACCGGUUCCUCGGCCCGAGGAGUUUCCGCCGCAGCCGAUUCCGCGCUCCCCUGAUCGCUCGUCAAUUCAGAUGCCCGGGAAUGCAUUCAGUGGAUAUCCGACAGCGACAAGCCGAGACUAUGCAUCGUAUUAUGGGCAAGCAAACCCGGCCAAGCGACAACGAAUGGCCUCGCUCGACAUGGGGACCAGGAGCAUGUAUGAUCCAGAACGGGGAAUGCGCCAGAUGGAUGCCUACCCGCAAACGGCCCUCUACAAUCAACCCCAAGGCUACGCGACCCCCAUGAUGCAAGGGUAUCCCACAGGACACGCAGCUGUCCCAGACUAUGCGAUGCAGUACGGGCUCCCUUCAUCCACGCAGGUACCACAGAUGCAGGACCCUGGGGCGCACGGCCGAUCCAGCCAACAACAGCAGGCCACGAUGCAGUCCCUGGGAAUGGUCAACCCGCCUGGUACUCCUACACCGGAUUCAACGGGGGCCAUGAUGCCGCAAGGCUAUUCUCGUUCACAGCAGUAUCAAACCGGUUCUACAAUCCUUCCUCCUUUGCAACGCAAUCGGAAUUUUCAACAGGGCACCACCAGUGCGGCGGCUCGGGGCUACUUUGACCAGUCCUCUCAGGCGGCAACGCCUAUUCUCCCCUCUCAGCCCCUUGGAUCGAACGACGCGGAUCGAUAUGGCUCUGUGCCCGGCCAGUCGGCUUACGAUCAUCCGGGUUCUGCCAAUGGGACGCCUCGCUGA